AAAGUUCCUAAGGGCAGGAAAGGAAGGGAAAGUCAGGAAAGAGAAAAGAGAGAGGUUUCGCGGCGGCUGCUCGACUCGACCACUUUUGCCUCCCGCGGGCCACCGUCGAGGCCUCCAAGCGUCACGGCCGGCGUGGGCGCGGAGCAUUGUGGGUAGCAGCGGGUCGGACUGCAUCUCCGGAAGAUGGCGGACGCCUUCGGGGAUGAGCUCUUCAGCGUGUUCGAGGACGACUCCGCCGCUGCGCCUGGAAGCAGGAAGGACAAGGAGAAGGGGAAAUGGAAGGGGCCUCCGGGGCCGGCGGAGAAGGCCGGGAAACGUUCUGAUGGGAAUUUACAAUCCGAGUCAACCAGUGUUGGAAAAGCCAAGAGAAAUGUGGAUUUUGAAGGCACAGAUGAACCCAUUUUUGGAAAGAAGCCCAGGGUAGAAGAGUCAAUAACUGAAGACUUAAGCUUGGCUGACUUGAUGCCCAGGGUGAAGGUGCAGUCAGUUGAAACUGUUGAAGGGUGUACACAUGAGGUUGCACUUCCUGCAGAUGAAGAUUAUAUACCACUUAAACCACGAGUUGGAAAAGCUGCAAAGGAAUACCCGUUCAUUCUUGACGCUUUUCAGAGAGAAGCCAUCCAGUGCGUUGACAAUAAUCAGUCUGUUUUAGUGUCUGCACAUACGUCAGCCGGAAAAACUGUUUGCGCCGAGUAUGCCAUCGCAUUGGCCUUAAGGGAAAAACAGCGUGUGAUAUUUACCAGCCCGAUUAAGGCUCUGAGUAACCAGAAGUACCGUGAAAUGUAUGAAGAAUUUCAAGAUGUGGGUCUGAUGACGGGAGAUGUUACUAUUAAUCCUACAGCAUCUUGUCUUGUUAUGACCACAGAGAUUUUGAGAAGUAUGCUGUACAGAGGUUCUGAAGUUAUGCGCGAGGUUGCUUGGGUUAUAUUCGAUGAAAUUCAUUACAUGAGAGAUUCAGAGCGUGGUGUGGUGUGGGAAGAAACUAUCAUUUUGCUUCCUGAUAAUGUCCACUACGUCUUUCUCUCGGCUACUAUUCCAAAUGCCCGACAGUUUGCUGAAUGGAUUUGCCACUUACAUAAGCAGCCUUGCCAUGUAAUUUACACAGAUUACCGGCCUACUCCACUGCAGCACUACAUCUUCCCGGCGGGGGGAGAUGGCCUGCACCUUGUGGUUGAUGAAAAUGGUGACUUCCGAGAAGAUAACUUCAACACCGCAAUGCAAGUUCUCCGCGAGGCAGGGGAUCUGGCAAAAGGAGAUCAGAAGGGUCGAAAAGGAGGGACAAAAGGACCAUCAAAUGUGUUCAAGAUUGUGAAGAUGAUUAUGGAAAGAAAUUUUCAACCUGUAAUUAUUUUCAGUUUCAGUAAGAAAGAUUGUGAAGCCUAUGCACUUCAAAUGACCAAAUUAGAUUUCAACACAGAUGAAGAAAAGAAGAUGGUGGAAGAAGUAUUCAGUAAUGCGAUUGACUGCUUGUCGGAUGAAGAUAAAAAGCUCCCUCAGGUUGAACAUGUGCUUCCUCUUUUGAAGCGGGGGAUUGGCAUCCACCACGGUGGUUUACUUCCUAUUUUGAAAGAAACGAUAGAAAUCCUCUUUUCUGAAGGAUUGAUAAAGGCGUUAUUUGCGACGGAGACUUUUGCCAUGGGAAUUAACAUGCCGGCUAGGACAGUUUUAUUUACAAAUGCCCGAAAAUUUGAUGGGAAAGACUUUCGAUGGAUUUCUUCUGGUGAAUACAUUCAGAUGUCUGGUCGUGCCGGAAGGAGGGGCAUGGAUGACAGAGGAAUCGUGAUUCUUAUGGUUGACGAAAAGAUGAGCCCAACUAUUGGGAAGCAACUGCUUAAGGGCUCAGCCGACCCCCUGAAUAGCGCUUUCCAUUUAACCUACAACAUGGUUCUGAACCUGCUGCGUGUGGAAGAAAUCAACCCCGAGUACAUGCUGGAGAAGUCCUUCUACCAGUUUCAGCAUUACAGAGCCAUUCCCGGGGUGGUGGAGAAGGUGCGGAACUCAGAAGAACAAUAUAAUAAAAUAGUGAUACCCAAUGAAGAAAGCGUGGUCAUCUAUUACAAGAUCAGGCAGCAGCUUGCCAAGCUGGGUAAAGAAAUUGAAGAAUAUAUUCACAAACCAAAAUAUUGCUUACCAUUUCUACAACCAGGUCGUUUGGUAAAGGUAAAGAAUGAAGGAGACGAUUUUGGCUGGGGAGUAGUCGUGAAUUUCUCCAAAAAGUCAAAUGUUAAGCCCAACUCCGGGGAGCUCGACCCGCUGUAUGUGGUGGAAGUGCUUCUGCGCUGCAGCCGAGAAAGCUUGAAAAACUCCGCUACGGAGGCUGCAAAGCCGGCCAAGCCCGAGGAGAAGGGGGAGAUGCAGGUUGUUCCAGUCUUGGUGCAUCUCCUGUCUGCUAUCAGCAGUGUUAGGCUCUACAUUCCCAAAGACCUUCGACCCCUGGACAACAGACAGAGUGUUCUAAAGUCGAUACAGGAAGUUCAAAAACGGUUUCCCGAUGGUGUUCCCUUAUUGGACCCGAUCGAUGACAUGGGCAUUCAAGACCAGGGCCUGAAGAAGGUCAUCCAGAAAGUGGAGGCGUUCGAGCACCGCAUGUACUCUCACCCCCUUCACAACGACCCAAACCUGGAAACCGUGUAUACGCUCUGUGAAAAGAAAGCACAGAUCGCAAUAGAUAUUAAAUCUGCAAAGCGAGAACUCAAGAAAGCAAGAACAGUCCUGCAGAUGGAUGAACUCAAGUGUCGCAAACGCGUGCUACGGCGCCUGGGGUUUGCCACUUCCUCCGAUGUCAUAGAGAUGAAGGGACGAGUGGCCUGUGAGAUCAGCAGUGCCGACGAGCUCCUGCUCACCGAGAUGAUGUUCAACGGCCUGUUCAACGACCUGUCCGCGGAGCAGGCCACCGCCCUGCUGAGCUGCUUCGUGUUCCAAGAGAACUCCAGUGAGAUGCCCAAGCUCACCGAGCAGUUGGCGGGGCCCCUUCGCCAGAUGCAGGAAUGUGCUAAACGAAUUGCAAAAGUUUCAGCAGAAGCCAAACUGGAAAUUGAUGAGGAAACAUACCUGAGCUCAUUCAAACCUCACUUAAUGGAUGUAGUGCACACCUGGGCCACGGGGGCGACAUUUGCCCACAUCUGCAAAAUGACAGAUGUCUUUGAAGGCAGCAUCAUCCGCUGCAUGCGGCGCCUGGAAGAGCUGCUGAGGCAGAUGUGUCAGGCGGCGAAAGCCAUUGGGAACACGGAGCUGGAGAACAAGUUCGCGGAAGGCAUCACCAAAAUCAAGAGAGACAUCGUGUUUGCCGCCAGCCUCUACCUGUAGGAGCCACAGGACGUGGGGUGGCCCAUCCACCUCCCGUCGGGUUGCAGAUGACCACAUGCACGAGCAGCGCUCGGCUCGCCCUCCCACGACAGUUGUCCUCAGACAUGAACACACGUCAUUUGAAUCAAGCACUAUCGCAGACAUUUGUACAUAAGCGUUGCGUUUUUAAUAAAAAUGUACAGGUGAGG